AACCUAUUUUUUCAAAAUAAAAAAAGGGUUAACAGGCGUGGGCUGUGUUUUCAGGACACCAUCGUCCCCGUCUCCAAUUCCAUGGACAUCAUCGCCUACUUCUAACUGUAGUAGUGUAGGUGAACCUUCAUCUGCUUCUAAAAAUGGCCUUCUUCUCAACAAACACUCUUUCUCUCAAUUCACACCCCAACAUUCACUGCUCCACAUUAUCAACUUAUUUUGCGCGUAUCUCUAACAAUCAUAAUCAACAUUCUAUAACAUUCCGCAGAAAUCAAUCUACCACUGCAUGUAUCGCUAAAUCCGACUCCAAAAUUUCAAAACCCUUCAAGUUGAUCACCAAUUUGCACUCAACCCACAAAAAAAUUCCCCAAAUUUUGACCGAAAAUGCGGUAAAAUGGCUUGUUGGGUCCUUACUUUUGGCGGGCUCUCUUAGUAUUAGUGGACCAGUUAGGGCAAUACCAGUUCAAAGUAGUGUAAAUUUGGGAGAGGAGAGAGAAAUCCAGAAAGAGAAUGGUGAAGACGAGGAGAUGUAUGAGAAGCUGUUGGAGCAAGAGCCCAGAAAUGUGGAAGUUUUGAAGGUGGUUGUAAAUGGGAAGAUGAGAAAGGGGAAAACGAAGGAGGCCGUGAAAUAUGUAGAGAGGUUAGUUGAUAUUGAGCCAGACCAGGUUGAAUGGAGGCUUUUGCAAGCUCUUUGUUGUGAGAUGAUGGGCCAAUUGAGUAAAGCUAAGAGGUUGUUUAAUGAUAUUCUUAAGGAAACUCCUCUUUUUCUCAGAGCUUUGCAUGGUUUGGCAAUGGUGAUGCACAAGAACCAUGAAGGGGCAGCAGUUUUCGAUAUGUUGAAUAAAGCUCUUGAACUUGCUACUCGUGAAAAAAGGGUUACUGAAGAGAGGAACAUCAAGAUUUUGAUUGCACAAAUGCAUCUAGUGAAGGGGAAUUUAGAUGAAGCUUUGAAGAAGUACGGAGAUUUAAUUGAUGAGAAUCCUCGAGAUUUCAGGCCUUAUUUGUGCCAGGGAAUAAUAUACAGCUUACAGGAUAAAAAGAGGGAAGCUGAUGAACAGUUUGAGAUUUACAGAAAUCUUGUUCCAGAAGAAUUCCCACAAAGAGGAUUCCUUGAAGAUGUUGUAGUCGCAGCGAAAACAGAAUCGAGAGAACAGCUGGAGAAGGAGUUUAAGUCUCAGUUCUCAUAUAAGAGAUAACUAUGCGAAACUUUGUUUUGCAUUUGUGGUCCUUGGCUGAUUUUAUGAACCUUGUUAUACAUAGUGAACACUUUUCGAGGAAUGACCUGAAAAUCACCAGGAGCCACAAGCUAACCUCACUAUCUCUUGCCUACUAUGGCAUUGUGUACAUAUCAUUUAGUUGGUGCAACUGAAAGUCUGACCGAUCAAAUUAGAAGUGUUUUUAUUGUAACGGCAAGUUCUCGUUUCUGGCUGAUUAUCAUUUAUCAGCCACUAGCUAGUGAAUGAAUCUUGCUGCAGAAUGUCAGAGAAUUUUGCCUUUUGUCUUCUUCUUCUUGAUGAGGAUUUUUGGUGGUUGAUUUUGUGUGUUUGUGGUUCGGAUCAUUCUUAAUUUUUCUUGAAGAGCUAAUGUGCUAGGAUUUAACAACCGUAAUCUAUUGCCAGUUUGGGUGCCUUGAUAACUGCUAUCUUCCUCUGAUUCCUUUAAAUAAAGCACGAUAUUUGAUUUCUUUAA